AUGCCACGACUCAUUGUUGCUCUUAUGAUGGCUGCGCUGUCAACAGAGGUCUACACCAGCACUAGGUUGAAAUCCACCUACUUCAGUGAAGAUCAGGCAACACUCAAAGCCUUGAGAGAUUUAGGCCAUGGAUCAAUACCACAAUCAGCAAAGAGUUCUGGGAGAUUACCUGUUGAUAAGGUCCAUUUAGCUGAUGAAAAGUUUUCCAGGACAGGAUGGUGGAUCUCAAAGGUGGUGCUCCCAAACACUACCAAGAAACGUCAAGAUGUGUCCUCAUACAACCUCAACUCCUUUGGUCUACGUUAUGGAAAAUGA